AUGUCUAAUACAGAUACUGUCCAAGACAUUCCACCAGACCAAUCGGCUCUAAUCAAAGGGCUCGAACAGCGUCUGAAUGAUCUGGAAGCCAGGCUGGCUCAAAUGGGGGAGAGUCAAGGACGCCCAGAAGUGGAAGGAAAUGUUGACCGUCAUGGAAAAAACGCAGGUGAUGAUGACGAGACAAAAAAGACUGACCGGCCACCAAUACCUCCGAUAGUCCCAACGGUGCAUCGUGUCAGUAUGUUGGGCUACUUCGGCUAUCGUUUGCCGUCUGAAAGCCUCCACGCUAUUAUGGUGGGUGUUUUACCGUCGGAGUCGGACAAAGCAGAGCUUGAGGCGUUCAGAUCUUCGGUUGCCGACCAAAAUGCCCCAGAGACAGCAUGGGAGAUGCUUGAAAAGGCUGAUAGCUUAAAAGUCGUGGGUGAUGUGGCCGUGGGCUAUGAGAUAUUCCGCGUUAAUUCGGUGCCGCUGUCGCGACUGCUUCUCAUCUUGCUUUGUGGCCAGUCUAAUCCCGAAGGUCAAUUGCUGGAAUUCGAACGGCCCUUUGUCACGCCAGUAUACUAUCAUGGAGAAGUGACACCCUUGAAGUGCUACGUGGACUUCAUGGAGAGAGAAAUCAUUCCAUUUUUCAACAGUUUCGACCAGAGAAAUGCCGCGUCUAAUUUCAAAGUUUAUUUCCGUGACCUAUGGUAUCUCUUCAAACCAGGUGAAACGAUCUACUUUCAAGGAGCCACGUCUCGACCAUCCGAGUCGGACUAUCAGAGACUCCAUCGGAGUAACCGACCCGAUCAGAGACUGUGGCGCAUUUAUACCCGCUACGAGAAGGGCGGCGACUUUUGGGUCAAGGCGUACUGCAUUGACCACGAUGGUGAGCGAUUUGUCUGUGUGAAGGAAUGGUUCCGAAUAGAGACAUAUAAUAACUCUGUCAGCGUGGACUCACUCAAAGUGUUCCCAGUUCGAUUUCAUGCCGAUCACAAGACGAUCAUGGCCGAUGCAACCGCCACAGGGCAAAGAUUUCAGGAGUUUCUCAACGUCCGGCUUGCAGCGCAUAAUGGAUGGGCACUGGAGCCCGGAAAUAAGAGCCCAUCAAUUCGUUCUGUCACGAGCGAUGUAGUCAUCGAUUCUGCAGAGACUUUUCGAAUACAUACAAACUUGAAACCCAGUUCGGGCCUGCCAGCAACGUCCUAUUUGGGGGAUCGUGGGGAGAUCGAUGAGGAAGAGCAAGGAGUUAGUUUUCUUUGGUUGGAUAAAAGGGGGGAUCUACAGAGUGAAGAUAUUCCCGUGGGCGCCUGGCGGGAGAAGCAGAUUGCUAGAAAGGAGAAGAAGGAAUACUGCCAUAGCAAGGAUCCUCUGCUAGCCAGCUGGAUGAACAGUGAAAGCGGGCCACUGCCAAUUCGUGAAGAGGAUUACCAUCUGCUACCCAGUCGCAUGUUUGCGUAUUCCCUACAGGACAGGAUGUUCCUCGUGGUUGACGUCUUGAACCUUGAGCGGAUCAAGCCAUCAAAUGAAGCAUUCCAGAGCCUCGUCAUUGACAAGAACCACAAGCGCAUGCUUCUUGCGUUGGUAAAGUCACAUUUUAUCCGAAAGAGGAAUUUACCCCCUGGGGUACAUAUAACCAGCCAAGAUAUCGUGCACAACAAGGGUAGGGGUCUGGUUAUUCUAUUACAUGGAGUGCCGGGUGUUGAAAAGACUUCUACUGCAGAAACCAUUGCUACCUAUUUCAGGAAGCCCCUGCUGCCAAUAACAUGUGGCGACUUGGGAUUGGAUCCAGCUGAGGUGGAAGGGUCGUUGAAACAGAUGUUUCGACUUGCCCAGCAAUGGGACUGCAUCUUGCUACUUGACGAAGCAAAUGUCUUUCUUACAGAAAGGCAGCCGCAGGACUUGAAGCGCAAUGCCCUUGUGUCAGUGUUUCUCCGCGUGCUGGACUACUAUUCUGGGGUCUUGCUUCUCACGACCAACCGUGGGGGGACUAUCGACGAAGCGUUCAAAUCCCGUAUUCACCUCAGCUUGUACUAUCCUCAUCUUGGGCGCGACCAGACAAUAAAGAUAUGGCGAAUGAAUUUGAAUCGCCUGGAAACUGCAGAAUCUGAACAAAGUCAGGCAAAUACGAAGCAUGUGAAACUGAAGGUUGACCGCGACAGUAUUGAAAGAUUUGCUGAAAAGCACUACAAUAUGAACAAGAGAGGCGAGGGAAGAUGGAACGGACGACAAAUCAGAAACGCUUUUCUCAUUGCAUCGGCCCUUGCCCGAUGCGAAAACCGCCAGCUCAGUGAUCGACAGUUCGAGGAAGUUGUCGAAAUUAGCGACGGCUUCGAGAAGUACCUGUUGCUAACCAAAGACAUGGCUGAUGGAGAGGAAUUAUACCACAAGAAGGCUCGGGAUGAUUCUUUGACGUUGCAACACCUCAAGAAGGAUGACCAGCCAAGCCCUGCAAAGUCCCAGAAUCACCACUAUUCUCAUACUCCCAAUACGUCCUUCUAUAGAACCCAUUUGCCUGACUGUUUGACCGGAAAUCAUGCAUCCCAGGACAGGAUUCCGUAUCUACAGUUGUCACCACACUCCGAGCGUGGGCGCCAUUUGCGGGAACCAAGCCACUUCCCAAACAGGAGCUCAAGAUCAUCGCGAUCGCAAGAUCCGGUGCCCAAUUCUAUGGCCGUAUUUGGAUCAAACGAUCUUUACCAGGCUGAGCAGAGUAAGUACGGUUUGUCAGAUGAGGAUGCUUAUUAG